AUGUUCACUUUGAUUUUCCUCAUCUUUCUCCUGAACAUUUCACUUCUUGUGUUCAGGUUCACUCAUCCCCGGUGCUUUUGGAGAAUGAAUCAGAAUAAAGACAGGGAUGAAGACAUGGUGAAAGGUUGUGUCUUUUUCUUUGGAACAUUUCAGUUUCCUGAGGAGAAAGAUUAUUUCAACAAGCUUCUGCAUAUACCAACAGCAACGGAAAUCAACCAAUUUCCACUGGCCAUAGCUUUUUCUGUGGAUGAAGUCAACAGGAACCCUGAUCUUUUACCAAAUGCAUCAUUAGGAUUUGAUUUGCUAGAAGGUGAUUGUAAAACUGUGCCACAAUUAUACAGCCUCUUGCAUUUUCCUGAAGGAAGCCUUGAUAUUCGCCCUAAUUAUCUUUGUGAUGAAGGGUCUUCUUGUGUAUUGAUGCUUUCUGGACCAACCUGGACAGUAUCUGAGAUAGCUGGGACAUACGUAAACAUCUACCCAUUUCAAACGGUUAUUCACCUUACCUAUGGACCUUUCAGUCCCAUCCUGAGUGAUCGUGAACAGUUUCCUUCUGUUUAUCAGAUGGCCCCCCAGGACAUAUAUCUAGCCCUGGCUAUGGUCUCUUUGAUGCUUCACUUCAACUGGAACUGGAUUGGACUGGCCAUUUCAGAUAAUGAUCAGGGUAUUCAAUUUCUCUCAUAUUUGAGGAGAGAGAUGGAAAAAAAUACAGUCUGCUUUGCUUUUGUGAAUAUGAUCCCAGUCAAGACGCAUUCAUACUUGUCAAGGGCUGAAGUGUAUUAUAACCAAAUCAUGACAUCAUCCACAAAGGUAGUUGUCAUUUAUGGUGACACAGACAGUACUCUAGCUGUGAGCUUUAGAAGGUGGCAAUCUCUAGGUAUACAGAGAAUAUGGGUCACCACCUCACAGUGGGAUGUCACUACAUGGAAGAGCGACUUCACACUUAAUUCUUUCCAUGGGACACUAGUUUUUGCACACCACCAUGCUGAGAUUUCUAGUUUUAAAACUUUUGUUCAGACAUUGAACCCUCUCCAAUACUCAGAUGAAUACCUGGCAAGACUGGAGUGGAUGAACUUGAAGUGUGAACUCUCAGAUUCUAAGUGUAAGACCCUGAAGAACUGCAUAUCCAAUGCUUCGUUGCAAUGGCUAAAGGUACAGACUUUUGACAUGGCCUUUAGUGAUGACAGUUAUGUCAUAUAUAAUGCUGUAUAUACUUUGGCUCAUAUCUUCCAUGAGAUGUUACUUCAAGAAGUAUAUAGUGUAUCAAAGGAAGAUGGGAAAGGACAGUAUCCUCAGUGCUAUAAGAUUCAUUCCUUACUGAGGAAGACCCAGUUCACUAAUCCUGUUGGGGACAGAGUGAAUAUGAACCAGAAAGAAAAUCUGCAGGAAGAGUAUGACAUUUUCUAUAUUUGGAAUUUCCCUCAUGGUCUUGGACUUAAGGUGAAGAUAGGAGAGUUUAGCCCACAUUUUCCACGUGGUCAACAGCUGCAUUUAUAUGAAGACAUGAUAGAGCAUGCAACAGGAAGUAGACAGAUGCCACCUUCUGUGUGCAAUGCUGAUUGUGGUCCUGGAUUCAGAAAAUUCUCACAGGAGGGAAUGGCAGACUGCUGUUUUGAUUGCAGCCCCUGCCCACAAAAUGAAGUUUCUAAUGAGACAAAUGUGGAUAAAUGUGUGAGGUGUCCAGAGGACCAGUAUGCCAACAGAGUACAGAACCAGUGCAUUCCAAAAUCUGUGGUCUUUCUGAACUACAAAGACCCUGUGGGGAUGACUCUUGCUUUAAUGGCCUUUUGCUUCUCUACAUUCACAGCUGUGAUUCUUGGGGUGUUUGUGCAACAUCGUGACACUCCCAUUGUGAAGGCCAACAACCGGAAUCUCACCUACAUCUUGCUCAUCUCACUCAUCUUUUGUUUCCUCUGUACUUUGCUCUUCAUUGGGUAUCCCAACUCAGCUAUCUGUAUCUUACAGCAAGUCACAUUUGGAGUUGUAUUCACUGUGGCUGUUUCUACCGUGUUGGCCAAAACAGUGACUGUGCUGCUGGCUUUCAAAGUCACAGCCCCUGGAAAAAGGAAAAGGUCCUUCCUGCUUUCAGGGGCACCUAACUACAUCAUUGUCAUCUGUACCCUCAUCCAAAUUAUUCUCUGUGUAAUCUGGCUUCAAUUUUCUCCUCCCUUUAUUGACCAUGAUGUACACUCUGAGCAUGACCAAAUCAUCAUUGUGUGCAACAAGGGAUCAGAGACUGCAUUCUACUGUGUCUUGGGAUACCAUGGCUCCCUUGCCUUAGCAAGCUUCAUUGUGGCUUUCUUGUCCAGGAAUCUCCCUGAUACAUUCAAUGAAGCCAAGUUGCUUACCUUCAGCAUGCUGUUGUUCUGCAGUGUCUGGGUCACAUUUAUCCCAGUCUACCAUAGCACCAAGGGCAAGGUCAUGGUGGUUGUGGAGGUCUUAUCCAUUCUGAUUUCCAGUGCAGGCCUACUGGGAUGCAUCUUUGUCCCCAAGUGCUACAUAAUUUUGUUAAGACCAGAGAGAAAUUCUCUUCAAAAAUUAAGGGAAAAAACAUCUUUCUGA